AUGGCGAUGAUGAUGACUGGCCGUGUGCUGCUGGUGUGUGCCCUCUGCGUGCUGUGUUGCGGUGUCGGUGGUAGAUGUGAGGCGGGGGUGGGAGUUGGUGCGCAACAGGAUGGUGGUACGUCUCCGCCGGAAUCAAAAGGACUUGAAACGUCUUCACAAGAUUCCCAAGACUUAAAAGAUAAGGCGCCAGUUGUUAAAGGAGAAGUACCACCCGCAUCUCCCGGAAUUAAUGCUGAAGAAGAAGAUGAUGAUGAUGAUGAUGAUGGUGAGGGAGACGGUGAUGGCCAAGAAAAUGGAGGGGUGGAAGUUGAAGAAAAACCAAUAGGAAGGCAGGGUGGUCAAGGAGGAACAGCUGCACUGGGCUCGGAUUCCAGGGAAACGAAUUUAAGUGGCAGUGAGCAGGAAAAUCACCAGGCAAUUGUAUCUGCAGAGGGCAUUUCUCAUUCCGACAGUCGGGAAUCAAAAGCCAUUCUUACGCAACCGGAAUUUGAAGAAAAGAAUGACUCCGACAAAAAUACAACUGCAGUAGAGAAUCCACUCACAACAGUUAACGGAGAGAACACACUGCCUGCGGGAGUUGCGGGAGGAAAUCCUCCACCUCCAAAAGACGGUGUUGGUUCCCGCGAACAGGAUGGCGAAGACACCACGAGUGAAGGUCAAAAAAAUGUUCCGUUGCCAGAGUCCGCAGCCACACCACAAAGCCAUCAAGACAAAGGCUCAGAAGGGACUGGAGAAGAUACGAAAGCAACGACAGUAACCGCCAACACAACUGAUACGACGAACACACAAACCAGUGACGGCAUCACCGCUGUCUCCCACACCACCUCCCCUCUUUUGCUUCUUCUUCUUGUUGCGUGUACGGCUGCGGCUGCGGUGGUGGUGGCCGCGUGA